GCCGAGUUGCUGGGAUGACGUGAUCAUGGCGCCUGUGCACCGUGCGGAGGGUGACGUUCGCGGUCGUCGUGGACCCCAGGCACGCUGGCCCGAACGGCCCGAACGCCGCGUGCCGCUUGUGGCCAAGCCGACUGCAGCCAGGCCUCUUCGGCGCAGUGAGGCAGGCGCCAAGCCUUCAGCUCCAGAUGAGAGGGAGAGCUGUGAAGCGCGCUCGCCACGGCUGGUACUUACGUCUCAGCUGGCUGCGAGGCUCCUAAAGGAGCUGCUCGAAGCCUUCAAGCGCAGCGCAUCUGUAGAGGAAGCCAAAUCGACGGUUGGGGCCUCCUGGGGCUUCCACAGCAGUGCCGAGAUGACACGAUGCAUUGAGGCCCAGGCGAAUGCUUCACUGAAGCCGUGAGAAGUGAGCGAGAACUGGAUCAAAUUUGAGAAAUAUCCU